UUUAGCUGGUCGAGAGGAGAGUUGGAGUCAGUUGGCUGUGCUGCUGCGAGGAGCAAGGGUCAGGUGUUCAUGUUAGGGACAGGAAGGAUCAGUCUGUGCUGCUGGGGACAGAAAGGGUCAGAUGUUCAUGUUAGGGACAGAAAGGGUCAGUCUGUGCUGCUGGGGACAGAAAGGGUCAGAUGUUCAUGUUAGGGACAGAAAGGGUCAGUCUGUGCUGCUGGGGACAGAAAGGGUCAGGUGUUCAUGUUAGGGACAGAAGGGUCAGGCAGUUGUGAUAGGGACAGGUAGAAGUCAGGCAGCUGUGCAGAAGAAAGAGAAAAGGAAUCAGUGCUGUGAGAGCUGCCCAUGAGAAAUCACAGAGAGAAGGUAUGAAAGUCUUACAGUGAGGUAAUAAACUAACAGUGACAGUCAGUUCCUAUCCACUGUUGAUUGGUGCCAAGCACUGACAUCAGCAAUUGGUGGCCUGUAUGGGGAUGGAUCCCAACAGAGCAAUUCAGUACCUGAGGUAGGGUUGUCUCCAUGUCCUGUUUGUAGCUGGUUUUCCACUAGGAUUUCUCAAUGUAUAAUCUGUUUUAGUAAUGACAUGGUGCAUCUUGUCACAGUUACCACAAGGACUAUUUCUAAAAUCUCAGGCAGUUUAUAUCCAGUCAUAGAGUUUGCAAAGGAAAGAGGAUGCUAAGAUCUGCUCCUAUGAAACUACAAGAGUUUCAUGCUAUAUAAGCCACUGUCUUCAACCUCUUUCUUUACAAAGAUAGUCCUUAUCUAAAUUGAUGGCUGGCUAUGCAAACUUACUUCGUAGUGUAGAAAGUACUUAGUAUCACAGAUGAGUUGCAUAGCAACAGUCUAACUGUGUUUGGCCUAGAUACAAGCUACCUAUAUUUUCAAGGGAACUUGUAUGCUGUGUAGCAGGUGCCUAUCACAGCAGGUUUCUGGUACUUGAAAGAGAUCUCCAGGUGCUAUCACAGUCCAAGUGAUAAUGUGAUUGAUUUAAGACAAUAUUGUUCUUAUCUCUCCUGAUGCCAGAUUUGUUUUUCCAAGUGUCUUUUUUUGUUUAAACAGACAGAUGCAUUCACAUGUUUGUUAUAUUAUAGUUUCCUAUACUGUCUCCUAAUUUGCUUUUCAUGUACACAAAAAUGGACUGGUUUUCCUGUAACAUAAAAUGGAUGCAUUUUCAUGUAGAAAUGAAUGUCCUGUAUAUCUCAGUUCAGCUUGGGAGAGUCUUAAAAUUGUGUAUAUGAGUGGUUCUGCUUUAUUCCUCUUUCAUUAGCUGUUGCUUCCUAAGUUGUGAUGCCAAUUGAAAAGACUGACAUUCAUGCAGGAGUGUAUGUACAAGGUCUCCUGAGAAUGUCAUUUUUGCAGAAAUCUAACCUACAUCAGAGCUGAGCAUUUGCUUAUGAGCAGCCUGGCAAUGCCUCGUAAGGGCCUUUAGGCAUCUGGCUUGAACCUGCUAGAGAUAUCUAAGAAGCAGCUUAGGAGAGUUGUUUUUGGAGAUGAAGGGUAAAGGUAGAGAGCUUAGUGUCAUGGAUAACAUUUUGUACCUUAGGGAGAAGGCCUGAGGAAAACCUGGGCUGAGCCAGAGCAGCUGCUUGGAAGGACUAUCUGGGGAUCCUGCCCACACAGGGGUUUGAUGGACUUUUGCAGGCUGAUAAUGCAUGUUACUGUGGCUGUGGUAAAACUGCUGUGGAAGCACAUGCUGGGAAUUGAUGCAUUCCUGCAGGCAAGGCACAAGGUGCAGGGAGCACUUAAUCCCUGCUGUAGAAAGGUUUCAGCUAUUUCCAAUAACAACAGUUCUUUAAAUAGGAGUGUUGGCAUGCAAUCAGCAAAUGAGUGCCCUUGCUGAGGACUGGAAGGACAUGUUUACUGAGUGAAGUUCAGCCACUGGGUGUUUCCAGGUUUUGAACUGCUGGAACUGACUGCUGGAAAGUCAAAUAGAGUGUCCCUGUGAGUGUGGAGGUGGAGGACACAGCGUCACAGCUGGCAUGCUUGAGCUCUGUGCACUUUGAGCUCCCACCGAGAGCUGUAGAUGGCUUUUUGCUGUGGUUGUUUGGUCUGUUCAGCUCCUGUGCCCACAACCAUUGUUAAAACCCACAAAGCUGCUUCUGCCAAGGUUGUCCUGACAUUGUUUCUCACUACUGCUAGUGCUGCCAGACUACCUGCUGCACAUAGCUAUGUGUUUACCUACUUGCUGUGAAAGUUCAGCAUUGCACUUUUGCCAACAUAAAGAGCCUGCCUGGGUAACCUUCUGCCUGCCACUUAACGCUUGAGCAAGGUUUUCUCUGAACCCAAGGACGAUAUACGUGUUUAGACUUAUUGCUGUGUUUUUGAAAGAUAUUUUGGUUCAGAAGAAGACUUGGCAGAUAUAGAAGUUAACAUCGCUGCUGGGCUGUGGAUGAGAAAAUGAGCACUGUGCAGGGUAGAAGGGAACAGGACCCAUAUGUCAGUGGUCUAGGAUGGCCAGUGAAGGCUCCAACAUCCCAAGUCCUGUGGUCCGUCAGAUUGACAAGCAGUUUCUGAUUUGCAGCAUAUGCCUGGACCGUUACAAGAACCCCAAAGUACUUCCCUGCCUGCACACUUUCUGUGAGAGGUGUUUACAGAAUUACAUUCCAGCCCAUAGCUUAACCCUUUCUUGUCCCGUGUGCCGCCAGACCUCCAUUCUGCCAGAGAAAGGGGUUUCUGCACUCCAGAACAACUUCUUUAUUACCAACCUGAUGGAUGUCCUGCAGCGAACGCCGGACAACAGCAUUGAGGAGUCCUCCAUCUUGGAGACUGUCACUGCUGUUGCUGCAGGCAAACCACUCUCCUGCCCCAAUCAUGAUGGAAAUGUGAUGGAGUUUUACUGCCAGUCCUGUGAGACAGCCAUGUGCCGGGAGUGCACAGAGGGAGAACACGCAGAGCAUCCCACGGUACCACUAAAGGAUGUGGUGGAGCAACACAAGGCUUCCCUCCAGGUUCAAUUGGAUGCUGUCAACAAAAGGCUUCCAGAGAUUGACUCAGCACUUCAUUUUAUAUCUGAAAUCAUACACCAGUUAACCAACCAAAAGGCUAGCAUCGUAGAUGACAUUCAUUCCACUUUUGAUGAACUCCAGAAGACUUUAAAUGUGCGAAAGAGCGUGCUGCUCAUGGAGCUGGAAGUGAAUUAUGGCCUUAAACACAAAGUCCUCCAGACACAGCUGGAUACCUUACUAGAAGGACAGGAAAGCAUUAAAAGCUGCAGCAACUUUACAGCCCAAGCCCUCAACCAUGGCACUGAAACCGAAGUGCUGCUGGUGAAGAAGCAGAUGAGUGACAAGCUGAAUGAACUGGCCGAGAGGGACUUCCCGCUGCAGCCCCGAGAAAAUGAUCAGUUGGACUUUAUAGUGGAAACAGAAGGCCUGAAGAAGUCCAUUCACAACCUGGGGACUAUUUUAACCACCAAUGCCGUUGCCUCUGAAACAGUUGCCACCGGUGAGGGACUGAGGCAGACGGUGAUCGGACAGCCCAUGUCCGUUACCAUCACGACCAAGGACAAAGAUGGGGAGCUCUGUAAAUCUGGCAAUGCUUACCUCACUGCUGAACUGAGCACGCCUGAUGGGAGUGUAGCGGACGGAGAAAUACUUGACAACAAAAACGGCACUUAUGAAUUUUUGUAUACUGUUCAGAAAGAAGGGGACUUCACUUUGUCACUGAGACUUUAUGAUCAACAUAUCAAGGGCAGCCCAUUCAAACUUAAAGUGGUCAGGUCAGCAGAUGUGUCUCCUACCACUGAAGGUGUUAAGAGACGUGUUAAAUCUCCAGGCAGUGGUCAUGUGAAGCAGAAAGCUGUGAAAAGACCUGCAAGCAUGUACAGCACUGGCAAAAGAAAAGAGAAUCCCAUUGAAGAUGAUUUGAUCUUCAGAAUAGGCACCAAAGGAAGAAACAAAGGGGAAUUUACAAAUCUUCAAGGUGUAGCUGCAUCUACAAAUGGAAAAAUAUUAAUAGCAGACAGUAACAACCAGUGUGUGCAGAUAUUUUCCAAUGAUGGUCAAUUUAAAAGCCGUUUUGGCAUACGAGGAAGGUCUCCUGGCCAGCUGCAGCGGCCAACAGGAGUGGCUGUGCAUCCCAGUGGUGACAUCAUUAUUGCAGACUAUGAUAACAAAUGGGUUAGCAUAUUCUCAUCAGAUGGAAAAUUUAAGGCCAAAAUUGGGUCUGGAAAGCUCAUGGGACCUAAAGGUGUUUCUGUGGAUCGUAAUGGACACAUCAUUGUAGUGGACAAUAAAGCAUGCUGUGUCUUCAUCUUCCAGCCAAAUGGGAAAAUAGUCACCAGGUUCGGAAGUCGAGGAAAUGGUGACAAGCAGUUUGCAGGUACACUUGAUGGUCCUCAUUUUGCAGCUGUAAACAGCAACAAUGAAAUUAUCAUUACAGAUUUUCAUAACCAUUCCGUCAAGGUCUUUAACCAGGAGGGAGAGUUCAUGCUGAAGUUUGGAUCAAAUGGAGAAGGAAAUGGGCAAUUUAAUGCACCAACCGGAGUAGCAGUAGAUUCUAAUGGAAAUAUUAUUGUAGCAGAUUGGGGAAACAGCCGAAUACAGGUUUUUGAUGGAAGUGGAUCAUUUUUAUCCUACAUUAACACCUCUGCUGACCCACUUUAUGGUCCCCAAGGUCUGGCUCUUACUUCAGAUGGCCAUGUUGUAGUCGCAGACUCUGGAAAUCACUGCUUCAAGGUCUAUCGAUAUUUACAGUAGCAAUGAGCUCUGGAGCUGGAUAAUCACCCACCCUUAAGAAAAGACUCGUCCUAGAGAUUCAGGAUAUCUCCUACUUUGUGUUUAUUUUUAAUAACAAAGGCAUCUCUUAUGGACUUCUCAUGGUAAUUUCCAAACUUACCUUGUUUACAUAGGACUUGCACCUCUUAUGUUUCUCACUGAACUUUUUGUUGUAAGUGUUAAUAAAAAAAUCCUCUGUAGCUGAAUUCAUAAAGACAAUGUGAAAUUAAACACAAACUGCAUCCUAUGAAACUGGAAUUAAAUAAUAAGGUAAAAAUGAGAAAAGUCUGGGGAAAGUCCCCAAAGCUUUUUAAUGACUGCGAAGGAUAGCUCCUGCUCAGGGCUUCCAAAUUUAAAGAAGUAUCAUUCUUACACAUUAUUUAACCCCGAGGGGAUCCUGGGAAUCUUCUAUAUCUCAUUAUCAUGGUAGGUAUUACACUUUUAACAUUCUUCAGUCUUACUGUGUAUAACAAGUAGAUCAUUUUAGUAUAAGGUUAAGUCUCACAAAAUCAGUCUAGCUCUAACUGUCAGACCUAACACAGCUCAGUGUUUAGCACUAUGAGAAUCAAUGCAAAUUCCCUACUCAUGUGGAAUUAAUGAAGGAUUGUUUCGUGCGGCUGUUUUUCACUCUUCCUCUUGCUCAGUGUGCAGGAAGGACUUUGCAGAGACCUGACAUUUCUAAAGCUCUGGAAAAACUUAAUUGUAGUGAUACAUUAGUGGGAGCAGAAUUUCUGUAUAACCACAGACCUUCUGACACCAAACUAGUUCAUUAGGAUCAGGGUUAUUACAAUGUCAAGUCAAUUAACCUCAUGUGUGCCACUCUUUCGUACGUGUUCAUUGCCAUGUUUCCUUACGGCAACUCAUUGUAUUAACCUCUAAAAUAAAAUGCAGCUUCACACAGGACAGAAAGCCAGAGAAGUACCCUGUGGAGGACCUACAUUAUACAACCAAAGGAACUGUGGUAAACGGAGGUUGUAUAAGAAAGCCAAAGCUAGUUCUUUUUAUGUGAGAAAAAAUAUGUUACAAAUAAAAAUUAAUUUGAACCACUUCCUGAAGUCCUUCAUCAAAGGGAAUUUUGUUAGAGAACAAAACAAGGACUGUGAGAUUUGUUCCAAUUUGUUUGUAUGUAUGUAUGUAUGACUGAUUGACAUAAAAAUGAAAAAAAAAAAGUAAAUGUGGGUUAUUUCAGCAAACUGGAACAUAUGUAUGAUAUUUGACAAUGGCAGUACUCCGAAAAAUGACCUUUCUUCCUCUGCCAGAUCUCUCUACUGUGUUCUUUGUUGAAGUAUUAAUUUAACUGGAAAUGCUUACAGGCAUGGUUCUGUUUUUAAUGUUUGGUUUGUUGGGGGGUUUUUAAGUAUGAACUUGUCUUUCUAAAGUCGCAUUGGCUUUGUUCUUAUUUCAAUAUCCAGUGGUCAAAGGUUGAAUUGCUACUGUAGCCUGAUAUAGAUAGAGUGGUGCUCCCUUCUAAGUGUUGUUUGAGGAGCUGUGAGCUUGCUGCCAAUGCCUACAACAGCCUGGGAAUUGCUACCUUUCUUUUUGCAUUUUUAGAGCCUUGAAACAAAAGGGCAUUGGGUCAGAAACAAGGGAGUGUUUUAAGCAUGUUUGCAAAAUGGAAAGAAAUCUUUGGUAAAUUUUUUUGUUAUAAGUAUUUGUCUUAUUUCUAAAACAUAAGGUGAUUGUUCUGAUUAAUUUGAGAAAAACUAAUGGUUUUUUUCUAAAGUUGCAUUUGACUUGUAAAAAUGCAGACCCCAAGGUUCUUAAAUGGGGGUUUUGUCUGUUUUUUAAUUACUGUUUCCUGAAGAUAUUUCCUCUUCUUUCCUUUGUUUGUUAUUUGCACAUAAACCAAUUUAAAAUUUUUUGUGCAAAUAUAAGUUUCCUUAGUUCAUUGGAAUAAGUAUUUUGUGCAUGAAGCUUAAGGACUGUAUAAUGAAGCUAAGAAACUGAUGGUAACAUUUAUUAAUAUUAAAACUCAAGUUUUUAUUACUAAGAGAACAAAAUAUCCUCUGCUUGAACUGAGUUUGUCCUAAAAUUCUGAACAUGGUAUCUCAGUCAUUACAAAUAAACUGUCCUAUCAAAAUUUAACAAAGCUGUAGAUGAAAUUUUCAUUCUAAGUGUCCUUAUAACAUUUUCUGACAUUGGAAGACCCUUAAAUGGCACAUCAAUGAAGAAAAGACAUUUGAACUGUAUUUAGUAAUAAAGAGAAGAGGUUGCACAGAUUGAGAUAAAAUUUUUUUAAAAUGUGCUGUAGCUGUCAGUUAUCAUAUUUAGUUCCAAAUAUGGAUUUUUAGAAUACAAUUUUACUAAGCUUGCAUAUUUACCCCUCAGAAAACAUUGCCAAAUCUCUGUUGUCAGGUACUUUGAGAAGCAUGAAAAUUGGAUCCUAACCCAUACAUCAGAAAAGAUAUUUAAGACUGUACUAUUUCACGUAUACACUUUUCUUUAAAAGUUUUUCAGUCCUUUGGUCGAGCAUUGUUUACCAGGAUUUUAGAUAACCCUUGUGAACUCAGUGCAUACUGAUUAAAUAAGUGAAUUCUGCACAUAACCUCCCUUACAACCCAGCUGAAAGCUAUUAGGAGUUUUGUGGAUUUUUUCUGAAAAUUGAGUAGUCUUUUGGAUUUUCAGACAUUAUCAGCAGAGCAGCACCUAAAGAAUGUCAUGAAUUUGAAGUUAUUUCUGAUAGCAAAUGCUGUCAGCAUUUGAGGUUAUUUCUGAUAGCCAAUGCUCAACUUCAAAUUUAGUGGCAUAGGGCAUUCCCUUCCAAGGGACCUUAUCUGACCUUAUCUGCCAGGCACUGGGAAACUGAGAAACACAUUGAUUUUAUGGUGCUUCUGAAGCCAUCUUUGCUAAAACGCUUGGCUUACAAACCUUACAAAGAGCAACCAAAGCAGAAAUUCUGCACUUAAAAGCUGGCAGACUUUUUUUCUCAUCCAAUUAAGGGAAUGUCAGAAUUGCACUAUGUGAUUUGCUGAGUUGUUAGCAUUUAUUAAAGGCUUUAUAGGCACGCUGCUGCCGGAUUUCAGGUAUAACCAAAUGUCCCCUUAACUUCCCUGGAAUGCUAAUUGACUAGCAGCACAGCAUGAAUGGUGAAAGUAUUUGCUUCAUUUAACUAAUCUUCAACUCAAAAGUAAUCUCAAAAGGCUCUUAGAUCUUGUGUCAUAUGGAGUAUUUUAGGACAAACUAGCCAACUGUAUUUUCAUUGUUCAGUGAAUAGAAUAAAAAGAUGAUCUGUUCAGAAAAAUCCAAUAUAAACAAUAGGAGAGUUUUACAUAGGUUAAACCAGCACCAAUGUAUUGAAAAAGAAAAGGAAAAUGGUUUAGGCAAGCAAUUGCCUCAUGAAGAUGGAGUGCUAUUUACUAGUAAAUGUUCAUUUGUUCUGUAAAAGCUUUUGAUUUUAUGUCAGUAUUUUUAAUAAAUAAGGAUUUAGUGUUGCCAUAAUGAAAACUGUUAAGUGCCCAAUAUGUUGUGUUUAUUAUAAAGAAAUGACUUUCAGUUGUGGGAGACAGCUUUUUAUGAAAUCAUGAUGUAAAGUCAAACUUUAUUUCAGGAAUUCAAGCAGUGAUUAUCUGACCUGUUUGUGGAAAGUGUGCAAAAUACCUUUUGUACUAUGGAGUGGAAAGGUUCCUAAUAGGUCAUUUUAAUUCUGACAAAUGUACAGCACUUCAGUCAAUGUUUGUGAGCAACACAGCCUUAACCCUGACACUUUUUCUUUGGCUUUAUGACAUGGGAAUGUUCCCUAAGUUACAUAGUGUAUGGCAGCAGCCUCUGAUAGAAAUCUCUACCAGUUGAUAUGCUGCAACUUUCCAGUUCUAGGAGUGUUUCCAGUUCUUUUUUUCAUGUUUUUUCAAAGUUUUUGUACAUUCCAUCUUUGUAAGUCAGUAUAUGUUUUGUGUAUAUGUAAACCUUGCACUCUCUUGACGCUCAUAAUGAAAUAUUCUUCUCACUUGUUUUUUUGUUGUCAAUGAUGAUGUUUUUGUUUGGUUUUUUUUUAAUCCCUAUGAAGCGAAAUACAGACUUUUUCUCCUUAAGGUCAAGGAUGAAAGAUGCACAUCAAAGUGUUUGUAUGUGCGUGUGCGCGUGUGUGUGUGUGUAGUUUUAGCUUCCUGUGUGCCAUGGUAUUCAUAAUGCUUUAGCUGACAAAAAAAAACUUACUCUGUCUUGGAAAUGUAGGAAAACCAGAGUCAAAUGUGUACCUUUACCACGCACAAAAAUUUCAAAUAAUAAAAAUAAAGCUUGUUUCCUCUGU